UACAUCAGGAUGUAGUGAUGAAAAUGUAAUAUUUUGAUUAUAAAAGGUCUUAAGACAAGACUACAAGUAUGGUUCUAGAAAGUUCCUCUUGGACUUCACUAAUGAGUCACAAAGUUAGAAUUUCUUUGUUCAUCUCAUCUACUUUCAUUUUGAGAAGAGUAUUGGUCAUUCUCAUUGUCGAAGUGAUGCAGUAAGGUUCACGUUAUAUAACACUGCAGCAGAAAUCUUUAAAAGUUAGUUGUGGAACAUCUACAAAGGCCCAAUUCGAUUGUUAUCUCAAGGUAACUCAAGGUUCAAUCUCAAGUUUGAAUUACAUUGGAUGUCAAGGUUACAGAGAUAGUGUUAAGGUUAACGCUAUUGAGUUGCGGAAUAAAACAUACGUUUGUGGAAUUCUAGCAAAUUGUGUCCAGCGUGUAUUUCGUUGAGAAGCCUUGCGAAUAACAACAGUUGGAAAUAGAUGCGAACGAAACUCCUUCGUAUAAAGAUUUACGAAGGCAGCCACAAUAACAAUCGAAGAGCAUUAAAGUUUUGCAGCAGAGUGAUUAUAGAGGGUGUGAUGUCAUGUCUUCUGAACCAGCAUCAAGACGUCAAUCGACAUCAAAGAGGAUCUCCACAUCAAAGGCCAGGAGUCUGGCAGAUGAUGAGUGCAUCAAGGAUGGUGUGGAAAGACAGUGUGAGCCAGUCAUGAAGGCCGAAAGUGUAGCAAGUUCGCGGAUGUCCCGCAGAAGUGCCAGACUUGCUGAAGCAUUCCAAGCUGAACUGGCAGUAAUGGACCAAGAGGACAGACUCGAAGCUCUGAAGUAUGAGCAAUUAAUGAAAUUGCGGGAGGAGCAGCGUAAGCUGAAAGAACUGAAGCUGAAAAAUGAGUUGGCAGCAAAAAUGUCAGCACUUGAAGAUGAGGAUGAUGCUUCAGAAGGUGACAGAGAUGACAUCCAGGUACCAAAGGAAAUACCUGGUGAUUCUGUGCGAAGGUAUUUUGAUUCUCAUCCGGAUGUGGAAGCAAGUGCAGCAUCUCCUCCUCACGACGUACAUCAGACGGGAUUUGAAAAGAUGGCGGAGUCCAUGACUGAGAUGGCGAAAGCAAUGAUGCAGCAGAAUGCAACAACACAUGGUCUCGCCAUCUCAAGCCAACUUCCAAAGCUUGAGAUACCAAUGUUUAGCGGUGAUCCCUUGCGUUACGCCCUUUGGAAAAACGGCUUCACCAACUUGGUGGACUCAAAACCCCUGGAUGGAGCAACUAAACUCAACUACCUAAAUAGCUAUGUUACGGGAGAGCCAAAGAAGAUAGUUGAGCACUUUAUCUUGUUGGGGACAGAAGAAGCUUACUUACAAGCGAUGGAGCUACUUCAAAAGAGAUAUGGGAGUGGCAGCGUCAUCAGUGCUGCCUUCUCGAACAAGCUGACCUCAUGGCCAAGGAUCUUCGACAAGGACCCUGCAGGAUUGCGGAAGUUCGCAGAUUUCCUCGAACAGGUAGCUGCAGCGAAGUCGACUGAGUCUUCUUUGGGGAUAUUGGACUAUCCUCAGGAAAACAUCAAGCUAGUCAACAAGCUACCCCUUUACCUCGAAAGAUCUUGGCGAGAUGAGGUGGAUAGAUGGCAGACGCAUGGCUACGGAAGUUAUCCUCCAUUCAAGGUCUUCACCGACUUCGUUAGCAGAGCGGCUAACAAGGCCAACAUUCCUGAGCUGGAGGGACUGCGGAGCGGCGAAUCUAGACCACGGCAGUACCAAGAGGAAUGCCCCAGGUACACUCAAAAGGGAAAGGUCCUGUCAACCAAGGUCGAGUCCAAGAUCAGCAAGGGAAAUUACAGCUCCCGUCCUUUCUGUGAAGAAGAUCAUCACAUAGAUGACUGCAAAGACUUCAAGAAACGGUCACUUCAUGCAAGGAAAGGAUUCUUCUUUCAGAAGAAUCUGUGCAUGGGGUGUGGAAUAACAGACAGCCAUCAGGUGAAAGAUUGCCAACACCGAAGGAAGUGUAAGGUGUGCCAUGGGAAUCAUCUUGCAAGCCUUCAUCGAUUUGAAAAGUCUAAGAUCCAGGGCGAGGGAGCUUCAUCCAAUUGCACCAACGUCUGCUCCCUUCCGGACCAAGAUGGCCAAGAGCAUUGUAUGAUCGUUCCAGUGUGGGUGAGACACAAGGAUGAGCCGUCUAGAGAGUUCUUGCACUACGCAAUCCUAGAUGAUCAAAGCAAUGUAGGCUUUGUGUCGGAUGGACUGUGUGAGCAGUUAGGAGUCCAAGGAGCUGAAACCACGCUCAAACUCACAACGAUGCACACCACAACGAGCAUCCAGAGCAGGAAGGUAUGUGGACUACAGGUGCUAGACUUCAAGAAGGAGAAUGAGAUUGAUCUUCCACCAAGCUUCUCCAGAGAGUCUGUUCCAGCUCAAAGGUCCCAGAUUCCCAAAGGUCCAGACCGUCUAAGCCUACAAGACCGGGUUAACUAUAUCCCUCAUACUGGGGUGUAUCAUCCUAGAAAGCCUGAUAAGAUCAGAGUGGUCUUUGACUGCUCUGCACCUUAUCAAGGAGUAUCCCUCAACGAUGUUCUCCUGCAAGGACCCAACACGAUGAACAGCCUCCUGGGAGUGCUCUGUCGUUUCCGAAAGGAAGUAGUAGCCGUAGCAGCGGACAUAAAGAGCAUGUUCCACCAGUUUUACGUCGCCACAGAGGAUAGAGACCUCCUGAGGUUUCUCUGGUGGGAAAAUGGUGAUCCUGAGAAUGCUGUCGUGGAGAAUCGCAUGAAGGUGCACUUGUUCGGUGCAGCCAGCUCUCCAGGAGUAGCUACCUUCGGGCUGAGAAGAGCUGCAGAUGACGGAGAAAAUGAAUACGGUACACCAGCAGCUAACUACAUCCGAAGAGACUUUUACGUCGAUGAUGGGUUACGGUCAGAACCAGAUGUAGCAUCAGCAAUUAAGCUUCUGAAGAACAGUCAGGCAAUCUGUGCUAAGGCCGGACUGACACUGCAUAAGAUUGCAUCCAACGCGAGGGCGGUCCAAGAAAGCUUCAACAAGAAGGAGGAUCCAACUGAGGAGAAGGAUCUAGGGAUGCAAGGUGGAUCGACAGUUGAAAGAGUGCUCGGAGUUGUGUGGUGUAUCAAGAAUGACAUCUUCAAGUUCAAGAUUGAACUCAAGGAAAGACCGUACACCAGACGCGGAGUGCUGUCAACAGUCAGCUCAUUCUAUGAUCCAUGUGGUUUCCUCAGCCCUGUCAUGCUCAGAGGAAAGCAGAUACUCCAGGAGCUUUGUCGGAGCAAGCUUGACUGGGACAGCCCAAUGCCAGGCAAUCUUCGCCCAUCCUGGGAAAGAUGGCUGCAGGAGGUGUUUCAUUUGGAGAAGCUCCAAAUAGCCAGAUGCUACAAGCCUCACAACUUUGGACAGGUCAAGGCGACAGAGAUUCACCAUUUCUCUGAUGCAAGUCAGAAUGGAUAUGGACAGUGUUCCUAUGUCCGCUUUGUGAACACAGAGGAUAAGGCCCACUGUUGCUUUGUCAUCGGGAAGUCUCGAGUGACUCCAUUGAAGCAAGUCAGCAUUCCCAGAUUGGAGUUGACGGCAGCUACAGUCUCAGCAAAGAUCAGUUCAUUUCUGAAACAGGAGUUAAAAUAUGACAACAUCAAGGAGUUCUUCUGGACCGACAGCAAGGUCGUACUGGGUUACGUGCAGAACGAGGCCAGGAGAUUCCAUGUCUAUGUAGCGAACAGGAUUCAACUAAUCCGAGACCUGACGGACCCUGAUGAGUGGUGCUAUGUAGACACAGCCCAGAAUCCAGCAGACGAUGCUUCGAGAGGACUAUCCGCCACUCAGCUAACAGAAGACUGUCGUUGGUUGAGGGGACCUGAAUUCCUGUGGACAGAAGGCAAGUUCAAGCUUGAUCAUGUGCAGCCACAAGUCCAGCUUGAAGAGAGCGAUCCAGAACUGAAACGUGUAACUAUCCUGAAGACAGGAGCCAGUGAUGCAAAAGGUCACUUUGAACCUAGUCGACUGAGCAGCUUUUCGAACUGGCACAGAGCAAAGAAAGCAGUAGCUAGGUGUAUGCAGCUCAGAAGGAAGCUGCAGAGUAGAGAAGUAAAGGUGUCGAGCUCAUCCCCAGAUGCAGGAAAGCAAUCCCUGAAAGAGCCGGUGACUGUAGAUGAACUGCAACGUGCUGAACGUUUGAUCCUUCGGAGCGUCCAAGCAGAGCAUUUCUUGGAGGAGUUGCAGAGUUUACAGAAGCUGAAAACUACAGGAGAGCUCACAGACAGACAAGAAACUCGUGUCAGGAAUGCUGAGCUCAAGAAAACGAGCUGUCUUUAUAGGCUCGAUCCUUUUCUCGACGAAGAAGGAAUCAUCAGAGUUGGUGGACGUAUAGACAGAGCAGAUGUCAGUAGAGAUAUCAGGCAUCCAAUCAUCCUUCCCCGAAAGAGUCACAUCGCAUGGUUGCUGAUCAACGAUUGCCACAGCAAGGUCAAUCAUAUGGGACGUGGUCUAACACACAACGAGCUUCGCCAAAGAGGUUACUGGUUGAUAGGAGGAUCUUCUGCAGUUUCUCAGUUCAUCUCCCAGUGCGUCACCUGCAGGAAGCUUCGAGGUUCUCUUGUGCAGCAGAAGAUGUCAGAGUUACCUAAGGAGAGAGUUGAACCAUCCGCCCCUUUCACAUACUGUGCAGUCGAUUACUUUGGACCGUUUCUAUUGAAGGAAAGGAGAAGUGAGGUGAAGAGGUAUGGUGUCCUUUUCACAUGUAUGUCUUCGAGGAGCAUACAUCUCGAGACUGCAAACAACCUUUCCAGCUCCUCUUUCAUCAAUGCUUUUAGGAGAUUCAUGAACCGCCGAGGAACCAUUCGACAGCUAAGAUCAGAUCAAGGGACAACCUUCAUAGGUGCCAGGAGUGAGUUGAAGCUAGCUCUUCAGGAGAUGGACCAGCAGCAGGUGCAGGAGUAUCUGCUAGAAAACGGGGUAGAGUGGAUACCAUUCAAGUUGAAUGUUCCACAUUCUUCACACAUGGGAGGCGUCUGGGAAAGACAGAUACACACGGUGAGAAGAGCCUUGGACACUGUACUUGCUAAGGCCGGCAGCCAGCUUGACGAUGAAGCCUUUCGCACUUUCAUGACUGAGACAGAGUGCAUCGUCAAUUCUCGACCGCUCACCAUCAACGAUCUAAGUGACUCAGAAGCGCCUGAGCCAUUGUGUCCUCUCCAUCUUCUGACGAUGAAGCCGAAGGUCAUACUACCGCCCCCAGGGAAGUUCCAGGGAGCAGACAAGUACUCCAGGAAGUGGUGGAGAAGGGUUCAGUACCUCGCCAACGAAUUCUGGUUGCGCUGGCGUCGAGAGUAUCUCCAGCAGCUGCAGCCUCGUCAGAAGUGGACGAAAUCUCAUCAGGACCUUGCAAUCGGUGACGUGGUAAUUGUAAAGGAAAACGAAGACGCUCGACUUCGAUGGCCUCUAGGAAGGGUGGAACAAGUUAUUCCUAGUGAAGAUGGACGUGUUAGAAAGGUAAAGCUCCUCAUGGCCGAUGGAGCUCUGGACAGUAAUGGUAAACGUUUGAAAAAGCCAUGUUACCUUGAUAGGCCAGUUCACAAGCUCGUCCUUCUAUUGCCCAAGAAGGAAUAAUUGAAUUGUACAUUGAAUUAUAUCAGUGCACGAAUAGUGUUGUCAGUAGUCUCAUAUUUCUUUCCUUCUCUCGUGUUCUCUCUCUUUCCUUCCUUGUUCAGUGCUCAUUAAUCUAGCUACACUUCUUUUUCGUAAUUUAUUUUUCUCUGUAUCCUUUUUUCUUUCUUUCACAUGCAUUCCUCCUCUUUAUCCUCUUCAAUAUGUUCGUACAUAUUCCCUUGUUUGGUAUGCGUAUUUGGAGUUAAUUUCUGUAGUUGUCACGCAGAAAACAAAGGGGAUUCCCCCUCAAGGAGCCUUGAUCCUUGAUGUCGUAUAUUUUCUGAUGUCAGAAAUAUGCUACUGUUAAUUUGUAAUUUUCAUGUACAUUUGUGAUUACGUGGUUAGUGGAACAAGCGUUCGGGUUCUUGGUCAGUGUCUUAUGUUGUAAAGUACUAGGGUGUAUACUUAUAUAGCAGUACGUAAGAUUGUUGUUUUCUUAAAGUAUCGUAGGUACGUAUAAUGGUUUACUGUUAUCACUUGUGUUUAGGUUAAGAAAUUAUGCGCUAUAGAAAAUCAGUUUAUCGUUAUUAUCAUAGGUUGAAUUACAGUUGUUUGGGUAAAUGUUGUGAACAUUUAAAGGAGCCAUGUGACUACAUCAGGAUGUAGUGAUGAAAAUGUAAUAUUUUGAUUAUAAAAGGUCUUAAGACAAGACUACAAGUAUGGUUCUAGAAAGUUCCUCUUGGACUUCACUAAUGAGUCACAAAGUUAGAAUUUCUUUGUUCAUCUCAUCUACUUUCAUUUUGAGAAGAGUAUUGGUCAUUCUCAUUGUCGAAGUGAUGCAGUAAGGUUCACGUUAUAUAACACUGCAGCAGAAAUCUUUAAAAGUUAGUUGUGGAACAUCUACAAAGGCCCAAUUCGAUUGUUAUCUCAAGGUAACUCAAGGUUCAAUCUCAAGUUUGAAUUACAUUGGAUGUCAAGGUUACAGAGAUAGUGUUAAGGUUAACGCUAUUGAGUUGCGGAAUAAAACAUACGUUUGUGGAAUUCUAGCAAAUUGUGUCCAGCGUGUAUUUCGUUGAGAAGCCUUGCGAAUAACAACAGUUGGAAAUAGAUGCGAACGAAACUCCUUCGUAUAAAGAUUUACGAAGGCAGCC